GCAGAGGGCGAGGCAGGGGGCGUGGUAGAGGGCGAGCAAGAGGCGGUGGGGGAGGAAAUCGGCAGUUCCAAAGGCCUGAAAAUGACUGGGAAAUGCUAGAUACUGAGGAAAACUACGAUCCGUGGAUCAUACAAUUCAAUAAAGACACAGGUUCCCAGCCAACAUGUCCAUGCGGGGCCCAGGUGGGGUUUACGCGGGCUAGUUGGGCUUGGGCUUGGAAUGGGCUAACCCACUGGGGCCCACCUGGGGCUGUUUUGGGCAGCCCGUUGUUGGGAUGUGAAUGGGCUAACCGAUUGGGGCCCGCGAGACAUUGCUAUGGGCUUUUACGGCUGGGCUAACCAACUGGGGCCUGAGAGGGGAGUUGAUGGGCUUUUCAACGUUAACUUGCAUAAAGUAUUAAUUUCUGGAGACAGCAAAUAUUUAAAAAAAUUACUUUACUUGAAUCAAUAUAAAUUAGAAAUAUUUGAUCGACGCUAUAAAAACACCAAAUGAAAUAAUAUAUGGCUACUAAGUGAUAAAAAAAAAUAUUUUCGUCUUAAAUCGAUUUAUUUGAAUAUAUAUACAUAUAUAUUUUAAACAGUUCUGCUUUGGCCCCAAUCACCCUAAAUGGAUUGGGCUGUACGUAGGACUGCCUAUUAGAAUGCGUAACAAGCACAUGCAGCAGCACAGUGGCGAAAGGCCAAGCCAUGUACACAGCUGCGCACAAUUGGCGAUCGGACAAAGUACGAGCUAACAGGAACAAGGAACGAGCUCACUAAUUCUCGCGAGAGCGGCAAGAAGUUCGCGCUCUUUUCAACGUUGAGAUCGCACAAGGAACAAACAGACAGAGCAGACUGACAAAAGAAUCUAGCACAGUUAAUCUUCAUUAUCGCAAAAUGUUGCCCUACGCAGUUGUUAUGUUUGUGGGGUCUCGCACAGUGGCAGUGAUUUCAACUGCCUGGUUCACUUCAGAUGAGGAGGAUGAGUGCUACUGGCCUUCAGCAUCAAACAGUGCCAAAGUCAAAAAGAUGCUUCAAACUGGUGCUGUGCCAACUCAAUCCUGGAAGAAAUUUAACAUCAGAGUCCUUGGAAAAGCUGCUGACCUUACCAAAGCAGAGUUCAAAUUGCGCAGGUCUGAAUUCACAUCAGACUUGCAAACUGAAACAGAAGAAGGGCCCAGCACAUCUAAGAGGAGACCUAAACCUAACCAGUGGUAUCUGGAUUCUGACUCGGAGCCCCAAGCUGCAGUCGUUUCUGAUCUUUCAGAUUCCGACUCAGAGAGUAUUGACCAGGCCUUAAUUCUGCCACCACCUGCACCUUCUAUGGCUGAUACACCUAUCACCCCUCCCCCACCCCUCGCUGCAACGCCAGAAAGACGCCCCGCCACACUUCCAUCAGCGGUAUCAAUCAGUGGACUUUCGCAAGAGAUUCAUCAUCUGAAGAAGGUGGUUCUCAAAUCUGUGGGCCUCCUAGAGAAGGUAUUAGAAAAUCAGCGUAUCCUUCAGAGUGUGAUGGAAUCAAUCCUGCGGAAGGACCAUGGUCAGGUCCAAGAUAGGGAAUUACCAGAGGGUGUCACCUUCCCAUUAAAAACAAUGGAAGACUUUGAUGCUCUGGAUGCCUUGUUGAUGGAGUCCUCUGUAUUGAAUCGUGUGGUGUCCUUUGUGAGCGACUUGGGAGGACGGACAGUGGAUGAAGCCACAAGGAGAAUGAUGGGAUAUGUUCUCACAAAUCCACUCUCCCUCCAAUUCAAUCUGAUAGGGCGUCAUGGGAAGAGGGCGUUUGGGACCUCCAGGGUUUUCGAACUGGUCUAUCGAAGUAUUCUAUUUUGUUUGUGGAACAUAAUUUUACCUCUGCAUUUGAUGGAUGACUGACUUAAAUGAAUUGUUCAGUUGUCAAACCAGGGUUUGAACUCGGGACUAUUGCAGUGCAAAACUCUACCAACUGAGGUAAAGGAAAAUUCCCGCGAGCUAUUGUUAAACAUUUCAUUAUAAUCUAUGACCAGGCACAAACCUGUUCUAGCAACAGUAUAAAGUGGAAGAUAAACCAAAAGUUUUUGUUUAAUUGAUGUUAGAACAUCUUCAGAUGUUUAUUUCUGUUCUCUUUAUGUCUUUCCCUUACUGAUUUCAAUUCAGGUGCUUUGAAGAACAAUACCCGGACAUCAGCCAUAAACAAAAAGGAGUUUGAAAAAGCGGUCUCCAAAUGGCUGAGCAAUGGGAGGGACCGAGAUGGUAAUCGUGCCAAAAGAGCCAUGGCAGAGAGGGCCAGAACAGCUAGUUUAGAUAGUUAGUGUUUUAUGUAGGUUUUAAAUGUAGUUUUUGUCUGUAAGUGGCACUAGGCCAUGUCCCACUAUAUGUAAUUCAAUGUAAGUUUAUUAUUUUUCCUGUAUGAGCCACCAUUACCCUCAGGUGCAUUUGUGCAUUGCACAGGCCAAAAAGGGGA